AUGUUGUGCUCGAGAUCUACAAGAGCAGUUGCAUUGGCGAGGAGGUACUCUAAUGUGUCCUCUACACCCUCCACAAUCCAAGAGCUAGAUCGAUACGACAACCUUCCACAGAACUCCAGGGUGUUUUCAAUGAUUCAACCAACAGGACGAAUCCAUUUGGGAAAUUAUCUAGGUGCAGUGAAGAGCUGGAGAACCUUAUCCAAUUCCAACCCAACGAGCCGAUUCAUUUUCGGUAUUGCUGACUUGCAUGCAUUUACAAGUUUCAAGCCGGCGUCAGAAUUGAAGGAGAAUAGAUAUCAAGCAAUUGCAAGCUUAUUGGCAAGUGGGUUGGACACAAGUAAAUGCAUACUAUACUUUCAAUCCGCCGUUCCUGAACAUCUGGAGUUGAGCUGGUUUUUAACUUGUAUGACAAGCAUGGGCCAGUUGAAUCGAAUGACGCAAUGGAAACUGAAGGCUCAGCAAUCGCAAACGAGUUCAAUAACAGAUGAAAAGGUGAUGGAAUCCACAAAAGCUGGAGUGUUUUGCUAUCCUGCAUUGCAAGCUGCCGACAUUUUGCUAUACAGAUCAACCCAUGUACCCGUGGGUGAUGAUCAGUCGCAGCAUUUGGAGCUUUGUAGAAACCUUGCAAAGCUUUUCAAUAAUACGUACGGUGUGGACUACUUCCCCUUACCCAAGACCUUGUUGACUCCUGCAAAGAAAAUCCUUAGCUUAAAGAACCCAGAAAAGAAAAUGUCCAAGUCAGACCCGGUACAAGCCUCAUGUGUUUACGUGACCGAUUCACCAGAACAAAUUCAACUGAAGAUACGGAAAGCCACCACUGAUUCGAUACAAGGCGAUUGGAGUUUUGAUCCAGUGGAAAGACCAGGUGUGUCCAAUUUGAUCAAUAUUAUAUCAGGACUAACAAAUGAGUCCAUUGAGGAAACCGUGGCAAGUGUGCAACACUUGAAGGACCAUAAAGGUUUGAAAGAUUAUGUUUCUGAGUUGAUUAUCAAUGAAUUCAGUGAUAAGAGGCAGUUGUACGACGAGCUUCUCAAGAAUAAGGAUUACCUUGAUCAUGUUUGCAAGGAGGGAAGGGAUAGUGCUCGAGAAGUUGCACUGAAGAAUCUAGGUGAGAUCAAGAGUAUCGUGGGGAUGGAUUAA